UAGCAUAAUAAUUUUGUAAGUUAAUUAAGCAAAAACCAAAAGAACGUUUUUGUUGACUGUGAUAGGGAAUUACUAUUUUCAUCUUAGUGGGUGCCCUCUCUCCCCUUUUCCAUAGUUGGACUGGCGACUCCAAAAGAUUUGCAGGGCUUGAGGAACAUCCUAACAAUAUGAUAAUGCAAAAUUCACAAGGCUUUUUGUUCAUGUAAUAUGGGGACACUUGGUUCUGGUUUUUCCGCUCACUUAUGCUGAGAAGACAUCACAGGACUUCGUAGUGUUUGCCAAUUUUUUGCAUGAAAGUAAAUAAGGGUAGCAUGAGUGAAGGCCACUCUUCACAAGGCAAUAGGGCUAGGAAGACAGAGAGCCAUAGAGUGCACUUCCAUAAGGAUGUCAUGCCAGGGAGUGAGCUGUGGACUGAUGGACUUAUUUGUGCUUUUGAGUUUGUUAGAGAAGACAAGAAAUUUGGACAAAAAUCUUCUACCAAAUGUUUACUCGAUAAUGAAAUAGUUAAAAGGCCAGCGCGUGCUUAUAAAUUGGCUGAGGCUCCUGUUCAAAGAACCAACGGGAACAGUUUGGUGGAUUCUACCUCUCUUGUUGAGUCGAGAGAACAGGAGAUUUCUCCUGCGGAUGGCAAGAUAGAUAACCAAAGCUCUCCUGGACAGAAGGUUUAUAAUUUGGAAAAAAUUGGAGGGAACCAUUGGAUUCCUAUUGGUUGGGCUAGGAUUUCUGACCUUAUACAAACUGUUCAAGCAGAUUCUGUAUGGUCCACCCAGCAGUUUGAUCUCAUUGAUGAUGAAGAUGAUCUCACUGUUGCAGAUUUAGCCGCUCCCUAUUGGGAGCGUCCAGCUGGACCUAUUUGGUGGUGCCAUGUGACUGCUGGUCAUCCUUCUGUAGAUGCAUGGCUAAGUAAUGCCCCGUGGUUACAUCCCGCAAUUAGUGUUGCCUUAAGAGAUGAAGGUCGGCUAAUAAGUGAAAAAAUGAAACACCUCUUGUAUGAGGUCCCAGUAAGGGUGGCUGAAGGGCUGUUAUUUGAGCUGUUGGGCCAAUCUGCUGGUGAUCCAAAUAUUGACGAAGAUGACAUCCCUGUUGUAAUUCGUUCUUGGCAAGCACAGAACUUUUUAAUUACGGUUUUGCACGUGAAAGGAUCAGCAGAAAACCUCAACGUUUUGGGUAUCACAGAAGUUCAGGAACAACUUCUUGCUGGUGGCUAUAAUGCACCACGGACAGUACAUGAAGUCAUUGCUCAUUUAGCUAGCCGCCUUGCUAGAUGGGAUGACAGAUUGUUUCGGAAAUUGAUAUUCGGUGCAGCAGAUGAAGUGGAAUUGAAGUUUGUUAACAGGAGGAUCAAGGAAGAUCUGAGUCUCUUAGUAAUAAUUCUCAACCAGGAAAUCAGAAGAUUAUCAAGACAGGUUAUCAGAGUGAAAUGGUCUCUUCAUGCUAGGGAAGAGAUUAUUUUUGAACUUCAGCAGCAUUUGAGAGGAAAUACAACUAGAAUUCUCCUUGAAGGAAUAAGAAAGAGUACGAGGGAAAUGAUUGAAGAGCAAGAAGCAGUUCGUGCACGCUUAUUUACUAUUCAAGAUGUCAUGCAGAGCAAUCUCCGCGCGUGGUUGCAGGAUAAGAGCCUCAGAGUAUCUCAUAAUUUGGCUGUCUUUGGUGGAUGUGGCCUUGUUCUUACAAUCAUCACCGGUCUUUUUGGAAUCAAUGUGGACGGGAUCCCUGGAGCUCAAAACACACCAUAUGCAUUCGGUCUAUUCUCAGUCCUCCUUGUCGUCCUAGGUGUCGUGCUUAUUGCUGUUGGGUUGCUAUACCUUGGGUUAAAAAAGCCUAUCAGUGAAGAACAGGUCGAGAUUAGGAAACUCGAAUUGCAGGAGCUGGUCAACAUGUUCCAACAUGAGGCUGAGACGCAUGCACAGGUUCAUAAACAUAUCUCGAGGCAUAACUUGCCCCCAACAGCUGGUGAUAAUUUCAUUCAAGAUGCAAAUUAUGUUCUUAUGUAAUGACUUCAACUGCCCUUGGAACCAUUCAUUGAUAGGAUAAUGAAGACAUCAAUGGUAAACACUGCAAAUGUUCAACUUUAUCGGUGCCCAUUUACUUGUAAAAUAUCUUUCAAUCUCUUCUUGUAAAUCAUGGUGGAAUAUCACUUGGCAGUUUCUCUGCUACACUCUACUAGUAUUUUCUGGCGUUUUUUUCUGUCAA